UUCCACCAUAUCUCAAUCCUUCAUGAUAAACAGUGACUCCUUCACACCAAGAUGGCGGCAGUCAAUCCUCCAGAAACCGUUCGAGGCCAGGUUUUUGAUGUUGCUCCACGUUAUAAAGGUUUAAACUAUAUUGGAGAAGGAGCUUAUGGCAUGGUCUGUUCUGCCACAGACACUGUUCAUGGAUCAAAAGUUGCAAUAAAGAAAAUUAGUCCUUUUGAACAUCAAACAUACUGCCAAAGAACUUUGCGAGAAAUUAAAAUCCUAGCAAGAUUUAACCAUGAAAAUAUCAUAAAUAUUAUGGACAUCAAAAGAUCCCCAACCAUUGAUGAGAUGAAGGAUGUAUAUAUAGUUCAAACCUUGAUGGAGACAGAUCUAUACAAACUGUUAAAAUCACAAAAAUUGAGCAAUGACCAUAUAUGUUACUUUCUCUAUCAAAUUCUUAGAGGUCUAAAAUACAUUCACUCUGCGAACGUAUUACACCGUGAUUUAAAGCCAAGCAAUCUAUUACUAAACACAACAUGCGACUUAAAGAUAUGUGACUUUGGGUUAGCACGUGUAGCAGAUCCAGAACACGAUCACACUGGUAUAUUAACAGAAUAUGUUGCUACUCGUUGGUAUCGAGCUCCAGAAAUUAUGUUAAAUUCAAAGGGUUACACCAAAUCUAUCGAUAUCUGGAGUGUUGGGUGUAUAUUGGCGGAAAUGUUGUCCAAUCGACCAUUGUUUCCUGGAAAACAUUAUCUUGACCAAUUAAAUCUUAUUCUGAAUGUACUUGGCUCUCCAGAUCAGGAAGCCUUGCAGUUUAUUCGAAACGAAAAAGCUAGAAGUUAUCUGAUUGGUCUACCAGUAAAGAAAAGAACGCCAUGGUCGCAAUUAUUUCCUAAUGCAAGUCCCAAGGCUCUUGAUCUGUUGGACAAAUUGCUCACAUUUAACCCAGAAAAGCGUGUUACUGUAGAAGAAGCCCUUGCGCAUGAAUAUUUGGAACAAUACUAUGAUCCUCAGGACGAACCUGUGGCAGAGGAACCUUUCACCUUCAACACAGAGUUAGACGACUUACCGAAAGAAAAGUUGAAAGAAUUAAUAUUUGAAUCAACGAAGAUGUAUGGCGAUUAAAGCCACACAGAAUGUUAUUCGCAAACAAUGUAGAUACUGUUAUUCUGAUUAUCGCUUGAUGAAUUGUAUGUAGCGAAUUUUCCUAUUCGAUUGAAGCCUAAUUCUCAAUUGUUUAUUGGUAUAUAUAUGUAAAUAUAUAUACUUAAUUUAUGCUGACAUCAGCGUGAAUAAAGUAUGUUCUGUUCUGAAUAUAUAUUUUGUUACUGGAAAUUCAGACGUGAAGGAAGUCGAUUUUGUAUACUGAUGAACUCUCUCGCAUUAUAUUUUUCGUGUAUGUGUGACGUAAACCUUUGUUAAAUACCUGUAAAAAGGUUGUGUGAGACAAGAACUUACAGGGUGUCUGCACGGGAGAUGUUUAUGGUUGCUCUCAAUACGAUCGCAACUUUUUCAAAUUUCUUCGGGUUCGACUGCACUGGGAAUUUUUCAAUCGUUUCGUCAUUUUCAGUUUAUUAAAGUUUUUGAGCAAUUUGAUAUGUAAGUAUGAUCUUCAAAUCUACAACUCGCUUAGUCAUGUUUUUGCCUCAAAUAACCAGUUUUGCGUUUUUAAUUCUUGUUUUAGUUACUGUUUAUUAUUGAAUCCAGUCAACGUUGUAAAAUUUCAGAUAAGAGUCAAUUUGUUAGUUGAUAAAAGGGCUUGGGAAUUAAGUUGUACUCCGGUGGUUAGCCCUGUGUAAUUACCUCUGCUACCUCAAAUUUUUUUGUCUAUUGGUAUUUAAACUAAAUACCUAUCACGUAAAACUGCGCAUGUCAUUUUUUUAUAUUUUUUUUGAAACGUGUAAAAGAAAGACUAUGUAUUUGCUUAUUUUUUCUGCGAAAACACCGGAAGUAAACUAAUUUUAUUUAUACUUUCAAACAACUUUUGUAGUGUAUCUGAUUUACGUUUUAUAAUGUCAUAUUGGUAUGAUCUCCAUCG